AUGUGUGUUGCAUCUAGUUGAGAACUUCAGGACAAAGUUGAAGGAUUUGGGAUUCAAAUCAAAAGAUACUCAGAUCUUGGGUAAUCUAUUGCAAUCUGCCUGUUACAAAUAUACUAGAGCAGAAUGGAACGAUUACAUGGACGACAUUAGACUGGUUGACGAAAGAGCUUACAAUAUUGUGAUGAACUACGCUCCAGAAAACUGGGCCAAUGCGUUUUUCCCUGGAGUUAGAUAUGGUCACGUUACAUCAAAUGUUGCAGAGUCAUUCAACAAAUGGAUACAUGAGGCUAGGCUACUACGGAUACUUCAACUGGUAGAGCACAUACGUAAACAGAUUAUGGUUCGUAUGAAUGAGCGACGAGUCAUGGCUGAAAGCUGGAAUCAAUUUCUUUGCCCCAAAGCUGAACUUGCUCUCAAAGAGAACAUGGAAAAUGGCCGUCCAUUGGAGGUUCGUCAGUCCCACACAGGAUUAUCUGAGGGAUGUCUACCAGUUCUGUGA